AUGCCUCUCAUGGCUCUCUUGGUUCUUGCUCUGUUGAUUGUGCCGCCGCUAUCGCUUCCCCCUCCAGAUCCAGAUCCAGAACCACCGCCCCUGAUUGUUUAUACUUUGGAUCUGCUCACUAAGAGUUACGCUCUUGCCAAAUCCCCUGACCUGCCUGGGAAUCCCUCUCAUCUCCGGUCACUCUCCUUCUUCGGUGGUUUUCCCCCCGUUGUGAGGCUUCCGGAUCCACCGGAUCCGCCUGACGGUGGUAGAUCUUUUCUUCUCCCCGUCACUCCAUGUUUCGUUCCAUUACCAUCUCCUCAGGUCGCUUUCUCCCGUCAUCCAUCACAUCUCCUCUGUUUAUCCUUUCCAUCGCUCAGAUCUCCGCCUCCAUUCCCGUCGGUUUUGCCUCUCCAUCGUUUCCAGGUUUGCUAUUGUCUUCUGCCUUGUGCGGAGAGUACUGAUAUGCUGACAUUACCGAUUUAUUCGGAUCUUAUCGCCUCUGUGCGAUUGUUUACUGUUAUAUGCAGUUCCUCCUCUAGUCUUGCUAUAGUGAUGGAUAAUUUGAAGUUUAUUUUACCAGAUGUGUGGCAAUUUGGUGUGAAUAUUCCUAAUCUCCAUCUGAUAUUGGCUGGUUACUCUUUUGUGGAGUUUGUCUCUCUUCCAAAUGUUCUGUUUGGUUCGAGUGUUGUUAUUGCAGGAAGUUGGAGUUCAAAGGCUUCAAGCACUUCGUCGUUUGGUGUAGGCUUAGUAACCCGAUGCUUUGUCAUCUUGGAGUUCAACGUCGUUUUCUUGAUUGUUAAACAUGCUCUAGAUGCAUUUUCAAUCUCGGGAUUAGGAUUACUAAAUGUAUCCAAUAAUUCCCAUGGUAUCAUUUCGCUUCAUCUUACUGUGGUCGUCGAGUUCAGGGGACAUCUCUUCGGUUUUGGUGUUUCAAGUGUCAUGAUAGCCCUUAUCCAUAAUAUUGUUGUUGUUGUUUCCAUUUCCGUUUGGGUUGUUGAGGAGUGUUUAGCCGGUAUGGCUUGGUUGUCCUGUAUUUGGAACAUUUUCUCCUUUAUUGGAGAGUAA